AUGCCUUUUUUUUGUUUUUUUGUUGUUUUGACCUUGGCUUGGCUAAACGUUGUCUUAUCAAAACUGAACUUCCAAAAUGAGCAGCUAGCGGCAUCCUUCUUCGAGGCCAACCGAAAUUACCGUGUAACUAAGGAGGACGUAGUCGACGGUAUAGAGAAGUGCUGGUUCAACGUGACGAACUACCUGAUUAACCAAUCAAUAAAGCAAGAAAACGACUUCAGCAGUGACGUGAAGGCAGCCGUGAGUUCCAUGAAGCUCAAGCUGGACCAGCUGCUCACCGUUUCCUACUCGAUUAAGAAGAUAGACACGGUAAACGCGUCCUUCCAGUGGGCCCAAUCCCCCGAGCACAUCUUCCUCAACAUUAAGUUCUCCCACAGGUGGAGCUCGCCGGGCGCCCUAAAGGUGAAGGACGAAGAAGUGGUCGCCAAGAAAAACUUAUUUUCCUUUUCGGCCCUGAGUGACGACGCCAACUCGGUGACCAAAAAAUACACCGUCGAUUUGAAGCUCCUCUAUGAUGUAGACGAAUCGGAGACAAAAUACAACUUCGCAUCCGUUGGGAAGGUCGUCGUCACUUUGAAGAAAAAACAAAAGAGGAUUUGGAAGCGCCUCCUCAAAUCAAAGGAGAAGAAGGCGAACAUGCAGGUCUGGUGGGACAUGAAGGAGAAGUACCACGACAGCGUGCAGUCCUUCUUACAGGAAGAGGAAAAAAAAAGGGAAGCGAACAGUGGCCACGACGAAGCGAAUGGAAGCGGCCAAACAAGUGUUAAUAACGAAGGGGGGGGCAUCCCCGGGGAAAACGGCAAAAUGGAAGAAACGCAGUUUGACGGGAACGCAGAUGGGCAGGGCGCAGGACACAACGCAGUGCACAGCGGCGGGGGGGCACCAAAUGGGGCGAAAAAGGACCACCCCAAGCAGGCGAAAAACGAAGAAUUGUAA